AUGGAUACAAGAGCUCACAAUUCUACAGUUCGUGUCAUGACGUACAAUAUUCGAAUGGAUACACCUGAAGAUGGAAGUAAUCAAUGGAGUAAUCGGAGAGAUCGUGUUUUUCGAUUGAUUCAACGUUACCACCCGGAUCUGUUCGGUGUACAAGAAGCCUUACCUCAUCAACUAAGCGAUUUACAAAGUGCAUUGCCAACAUAUGAAUGGUAUGGCGUAGGCCGAGACGAUGGAAUAAGUAAUGGAGAAUUCUCUGCCAUAUUUUAUCGUCGAGAUAUCUUCCAUUUACAACGGCAAGGAACAUUUUGGUUAUCUGAAACACCGGACACUCCCGGUAGCAAAGGAUGGGAUGCAGCUUUACCGCGUAUCUGUACUUGGGUGAUACUGCGAGAUCGACGAUCGGGCCAAUCAAUCGCUCACUUUAACACACAUUUGGAUCAUGUCGGCAAAACUGCUCGUCGAGAAGGUGCUCGCCUAAUUGCAUCACGCAUUCGGGAGUUGACUGGACUAGCAAUGCCAACAAUUUUAACAGGUGAUUUCAAUACAGAUCCACAAUCGGAUGCAUACCGUACAAUUGUUGCCGAAAGUUCUCUGCAAGAUGCCAAACAAAUCACAAAAACACCCCAUCGUGGACCUGAUGGUACAUGGUCAACAUUCAGUACGUGGCGGCGAAUUGGACAACGAUUAGAUUAUAUCUUUGUCUCACCACAACAUAUUCAAGUACUGAAUCAUCAACAUUCGACUUUUUCUGAACAGUUUCGAUAUCCAUCUGAUCAUUUGCCUGUGAUUGCAACUUUAGCUCUUCAAAGACCUACUCCAAAGAGAAGAAAACCAAAAAAACAAAUGAUGUUUACUGCCGUUCCUCAUUUACUUCUUCCUCCUACUUAUCAUCAUCAUCGUCACCAUUAUCAUCAUCCUCACUCGCAUUAUCCUCAUUCUUCUCAACGUUCUCAUUUUUAUUUUCCAUCACCAUCUCAUAUUUUUGCAUAUCGAAGUCGUUAUUAA